AUGUCGCUGUCUCCCGAGCAUGCGCUUGGCGACAUGCUCGGACUAGACUUUACCACGGUGUCGGAACAGAUCAUGCCUUAUUUAUCCUCUCACAAAUCACCAAAGGCUCUGCGUGCAUACCUCCACGAAUUGAUCGGCACAUCAUCGCAAGCCCACGCCAUCACUGAUGCUUUGGUGGCCUCGCGCUUUCCGCCCAGCCCUGUGCCUCGCAAAGACGAUACCAAAAAGCCCAUUCGAAUUACACCAGCCUCGGUCAAGAGUGCCUUAGCAGAGGCCGAAGAACGUGCACAGCCACGCACACUUGAGCCGACACCCGAGAUCAAGGCGCUGGAUGCAGCCUUUUCCAUGCUCUCGACGGAACCUUCUUCUCCGGCUGCCUCGGUGCAUGCGCCACAAAAACGAUGCAUGUGCUUAUGCCAGGGCCGCACGCAUCCACUGGCUGAAUGGGCGCCGUUGUGCUUUGCAUGCGGCUUGGUCCUGUGCAGCGCCAUCCGCCCUGUCCCUGUAUCGCCCUACUCUACUUGCCCUUCUUGUCAGACGAGUCCCAUUGUUCCUACCAAACACCGAACGCGCCUUUUGAAUGAUAUGGUCCAUUUGCGCGAAGAACUUUCACAAGAGCAAGCUUAUCAAGAAGCACAGCGCCAAGCGGAAAGAAACGCGCUACGCGCUUCAGGUCGCACACCAGAACAAGCAUUUCCGACGUUGCAAGGCAUGCCCGCUCCGCCUCCCUCGGCGCCGCCGAAACAGCGCAGUCGCACCUUGCAUCUCGAUAUGAAAACUCACAAAGUGACUGUAUCAAAACCAAGAUCACGCCCCGCUGCGCUCACAAAACCAAAACAGGACUCGGAUGAUGGAGUACAGACUCUUGCUGAGGACGGCUCCCUUCUCGUCCAUGAUGUGGAUGAUGACAUGUUCCGCUCUCGAAUGUCCUCUAUCACGCGUAAAGUCUCGCCUUCUCAUGAGCGAUGGCAAGAUAUACCUACACCUGUGACAUGUGUCUACGUCCCUGCGUCUCAUCGCGAUGAGCGCUUGAAAGCGUUCGAGUCACAUGAACUCACACAAGUGCCUGAUCUCGACAUCUUGUUGCAGCGCAAACCACCAGGCAGCGCCGCAAGCCUACAAAAGCAAAACCGCAAAAACGCUACGGAUGCUGCCAUUUCACGCAGCCAAGGUCGUAAAACUGGCAAGCCAGGCCGACGCCGACGUCCUGGGCCAUAG